UUGUCACCACGUUGAAAAUUUAGGUUAAAGUUUUUUAGGUUAUGUCAAUUGAGAUGUUUACGACUAUGAUUAUUCUCACGUGCUUUCAUCUAAAUUGAUUUAGUUUUUUGUAUUGUGAUUAUUAUUUGAUUUUUAGUUUAUGUGAAAAUGUCUUCUUUCUUUAUAAGAAAAGGUAAUACCGAUAAAGCCGCGUCAAAGUCAGGAGCAGGCGGGCGUAAAAGGAAAGGAAAGCUUGGUAAGCAGAGCACCUCCAACUCUAAAGCUAAAAAACCAAAACGCAACUUCGAGGAUGAAGAAAUUUCCAGUGACGAAUUCUCAGACGUUCAUUCGGAAAACGAGGUCGACGAAGGAGAGGACGUGGAAGAUGUGGAAACCGCACAGGAGCGUAAACUGAGGUUAGCCAAAUCCUACUUGGAAGAAAUCGAAAAAGAAGAGAAAGAACGUCUGGAGAGACAAGAAAUUGACAACGAAGUGUUGGCAAGUCGUUUGAAGGAUGAUGUACUUGCCAAAGCUGGCAAACUGCGUAGGAAAAUUGGUGAUCUACUAGAAACUGUGAUUGAAAGUGACAUAAAUGUGCUACGUAAUAAAAGACAUAAGCUAUCAGUCACUUGUGUAGUAGUGUCUAAUGAUUGUAAGCAUGUGUACUCAGCUUCCAAAGAUGCUAACAUUAUUAAAUGGGACAUUGCUAAAAGAGAAAAGGUACACAUCAUAGAGAGCUCUCACAACAAUAAAUUGAAGAAGGGUAAAAGUCACAGUGCUGACAUUUUGAGUUUAGCAAUCUCAGCGGACAACCAAUUUCUAGCGUCGGGCGAUGUGAAAAGUGUGAUACACAUAUGGCGGCCGGAAACCAUGGAGCAUUUGCACACAUUCAACUACCAUUCAGGUGCAAUCACGGGCUUGGCAAUCUGUCAGGAAACUAACAGUUUGUACAGUGCGUCAGCUGAUCGGUCCGUAAAAGUGUUCAACCUUGACGAAAUGAUGUAUGUAGAAACAUUGUUUGGACAUCAGUCGUCAGUUACCAGCAUCGAUGUUUUGUGUAAAGACCGGACAAUUUCAACAGGAGGCACCGAUAACUCGGUGAGGGUGUGGAAAAUUCAGGAGGAAUCUCAGCUGAUCUACAAUGGAAGCGGGAGGAGUAUAGACGUGGUGAAACGGCUAGAUGACGAUCACUUCGUGACAGGCGGCGAGGACGGGUUAGUUGCUGUAUGGGGUGUACUGAAGAAGAAGCCGUCUCACAUAAUCUCAAACUCGCACGAGAAAGAUUCGUCCGGUGAAGCAAACUGGGUUACCUGUGUGGCAACGUUGGGCACUUCCGAUGUUUUUGCAACCGGUUCGUCGGACGGUUUCAUAAAAGUGUGGAAGUGUGAGGACAGAUACAGGAAAUCGAAACUGCUGUUCACCGUUGCUGUUCAGGGCUUCAUCAAUUCAAUGGCGUUCUCAACAGAUGACAAAUACCUGGUGGUGGGUGUUGGACAGGAACAUAAGCUGGGCCGAUGGAAGAGGAUAAAGGAGGCUAGGAAUUCGGUGCUAUUGAUCGAGUUGAAGAAGAGGAAAGAGCCGUUGGUGGCUGUGAAUGGUGAAUCAUGAGUAAGGGGAGGUCGAUCUAUACAUUGAAUAAUUCGGAUACUGGAGAAAUUCUGAGUCUAUUGAUCAACGAUUAGGUGAGAAUGCAGAA